AUGGUGCUGAUUUCGACGUCGGUAGCGGAUCGAGUACAGGACAAUAAAAACGUGUCCCAAGUGAUCAACUAUGAUCUGCCCAAGAAUAUAGACGACUAUGUGUAUCGAAUUGGCCGUACCGGUCGCGUUGGGAACAAGUGGCGUGUGACCAGCUUCUAUGAUCCUAACGAGGAUCAUACUAUAGCACCGAGUUUGGUGGAGAUCCUGCAGCAGAGUAAUCAAAACGUGCCCAACUCCCUCGGGCAUCUGGCUGAUAACAGCGGUGAUGAUGGUGGAGCAUUUAAUGGAUCGAUCUUCGGUGGCCGGGAUAUCGGUGAUUCAGCCGGAUCCCGUAUUGAUGUUCAACCGGCGCAGCAGGAAACCGAAGAGUGGUGA